AUGUCAUCUUCUUUAUUUUCGCCUGUGUCUAUUUUCUUAGAAGCAGAUGGUUUAUUGAAUGUUUCAUUAUCAUUGUUUGGUUUAGAUAUAAAUGGAAUUACUUUUAUUAUUGAAUUAAGUAUUGAGAAAACAGUUGCUCUUAAUAUAGCCAGACUGUCUAUAGCAAUAGAAGAUCAUUUGAUUAUUCCUUUGAUUGCCUUGAUAGCUUCACCUGUUAUUUCUACAUUAAGUUGUUGUACUUGUUGUGAUAGUGCGAUAAUAGUUAAUUCGUAUUGUUUAGUUCUUUCCAAUGCCACGUUUCAUGUUUGGUCAUUGAAUAGUUUUACCAUAGAGCUCCGAACAGGUUGGGUCGGAUCGG